GUUGCAUCCUACACUCGUUUUACCGCAUGCUCUCUCCUCCUCACUCCUGUCGAGCGUAACUGCUCCGCUGUCCUUCUGCCGAACAUGUUUCGAAACAGGAGAACAUCGCAGAAACCCAGCGACGAGCUGUAUAAGAACUUCAAGGCCAAUUUCCCGGCACUGGGCGCGAGCACAUCUCCCACCUCCUCGGCGCCUGGACCCGCGCCUGCAAUCCUCACCGACCCUCUCGACGCACCACUCAAUCCCCGGUCUCUCGACGACCCUCCGCGCCAUGUCAAAGAUGCCGACCCCACUCCCACCGGUUCAAAUGAACCGUGGACUUUUGGCACCUCUGGACUGACACCUUCCAUCAUGGACCCCAACAACCACAGCUUCAACAUGUUCACCAACCAGAUGCCAGGCUACUACACGCCGACGCCUGGCGGCACGAACACCAUCUACCACAGUCAAGCGGGCGACUUGCACACUCCCAAUGCAUUCGGUGGCAUGGGCUUGGGCACACCUCUAUCAAUGCCCACCUCGGAUGGCGCUCUGCAUGCCGGCCAGCAGAACACCGCCUUUCACUUCCAGGCUGCGUUACCGCAACACAUCCAACCGCAGCAAUUCCAUAAUGUCAACCCAUUCCACAUGCACCAGCAGCAGGGCUUCCCACCGCAACACUUCUCACAUCAGCCAUCGUUCGAAGGCAUGGAGGGUCCGAUCGGAGAGUCGCCGGUCGACGACAUGGGCAUGAGCAUGGACAUGCAACAUCAUCACCAAUCCUCGGAUUUGAUGUUCCACCCAUCCGCCAUGCACACCUCCAUGCAGCCCCCACCGAUGCAUCCGUCCGCGGAGAAAUUUCGAUAUCACGCCACGUUGAAUGCGCCCACGGCGAUGAUCAAGCACGCCGAUGAGAUCCCAAUCACAUAUCUCAACAAAGGCCAAGCAUAUACCCUCAACGUGGUCGACACCCAGGUCCAGCACAUCAUGCCCGGGAUGAAGUAUCGAACGUUCGUCCGUGUGUCAUUCGAGGACGAGCAGCAACGACAAAAGCCGGCCGCGUGUUGGCAACUCUGGAAGGAAGGCCGCGGCACGAACGAAGCACAUCAACGUGGAGGCCGACUCCAAGCUGUCGAAUACGUCGACCCAGGUCAACUCUGCGGAGCCGAUGAUCCUGGCAAACCCAAACUCGAGCUCGAGUGUGCUUCCUUUGAUGGCUUCUGCGUGACCUGGACUCCCGCGCCGGGUGCUGCUGAGUGUCCGAUAUCUGUCCGCUUCAACUUUCUCUCCACCGACUUUAGCCAUUCAAAGGGUGUCAAGGGCAUUCCCGUAAGGCUGUGCGCGAAGACAGAGAUGAUCGAGGAUCCUUCUGGCAAUGCAUCAAAGGUGCAAGAAUCAGAAGUCUGCUACUGCAAAGUCAAGCUUUUCCGCGAUCAUGGCGCAGAGCGCAAGCUAUCGAAUGAUGUCGCGCACGUCAAGAAGACCAUCGACAAGCUGAACCAACAAAUCGCACAAAUCGAAUCCGGUAUGAGAGAUAUGGGCAAGCGAAAACGAAGCGGCUCGUUGGCAAAGGGAAUGGAACGACCUGCAAAGGUGCCCAAGCACCGACGAACAUGGUCAAUGAACUCUGCAGCAUCAAAUUCGGGUAGCGGCAGCGCCGAGGAGGACAUGCACAUGAAGUUGAUGACGCUUCAAGACAUGUUCACAUCAACACGACCGGCAAGCAUCCUUUACCUGCGAGGCGAUGACGGUGACGACCCGGAUGCAUAUCCAGUCAAGCUCACAGGAGAGACACAGGACCUGCUUCGGAACGACUCCGUCGAACUUGCAGCAAGUUGGGACAAGCAUAGUGAGACUGGACCUUCUUCUGGCGCUGUUUCGCCAACUCCAAGUUCAAACUCAUUCCUUGGAAGCAAAAAGGAUACGUACUUGCAGCAACCUACUCCGAUCGGUGGACCUUCUCGCGAGAACUCGAACGAAUGGGGGAACAAUCCCCAGACGGCGACACUGGACAUUCCAUCCUCAAUACCGGAGCAGCUUCAGAGCCCACCUGACAACCUUCCCACCAAGGUUCAGAUCAAGUCGCCCACAUCUGGCGAACUCUCUGGCUGGAUCGAAGCCAUGGGUGUCGACCACGGAUACCAAGCACCACCCGAGCGACCUGUCAAGCCAGUCGCUUCGUUCUACGUGCAACCACGCAUUGCCGGUCAAACACCACCGGAUAACUUUCAUCGCGCGGUUUACCUGAUGAACCGCACUCUCAAAGACUUCACCAACGCCGUCGCGACAAAAUGCAACAUCGAACCCACCCAGAUUCUAAGAACUUACCGCAUCAAUCGCGACGGCCUCCACAUCCUCUUCGACGACGAGUGCAUCCGCGAGAUUCCCGAAGGUCAAGACAUGACGGCCGAAUUCUCCGAAAUCAAAGUCGACACCCCGAUCAAGACGAAGCGCGAAUGGGACGCCGCGGCCAUGGACAUGCAGUGCGAUGGCGACAUCGUGCUCGCUGAGAACGUCAACAGCACCGGAUACGAAUUGAAGCUGCUAUUCUGA